GCUAUAAUAUGAAGCUACCCUGAAUGAAUUAAUAUGUUGUUUGGCAUGAUCUCUCUCUCUCUCUCUCUGUCCACUCUCCGCUGAGCUGAAAACCCUGUGGACAGACUUUCUAGAACACCUCCGUCACAACAAUGGAGAGCUCUCUGGAUUCUGGAUGUCAUCAUUGACAUGGUAGAGGAUGUAGUACUUGGCCUUCUGCGUGCGUCUCGUGAGGGGGACUCGGGAGUUGCACCUCCACGCUAUAAGAACCAUGAUCCCAUGGUGCUUUGCCUACGAUAAGAUGAAUUAUGCCAGGUACCUGUCCCCUUACUUUGCUCAGAUGACCAACCUCCAAAAGAAGUAUCCUUCUGUGUAUGAGGCCUUCAAGGCAGGCCAGUUCUCAGUGCAGCUGUCAAAUAACAACAUAUUUGGGAGGAUUCCUGUAGAUCAGGCUAUUGAAGUCACAGUGAAUAAAGACACACAGACUCCUGGAGGCACAUCACGGUUUAGCCUGAAAGCUGCAGCUGAGCACCGCAGUGCAUUCCUAGGACAGUUAAGGGAGAUGCUACAAGGUAACAAAUCACAGCUUUCUCAUUCAGAGCUACAGUCACCAAGAAUCCAGAAAGAUGAGGAAGCAGUUUCAGCAGUGGUUAGCCUCAUACAAGGAUGGAUAAACCCAUUUGACGAGAAGCGGGACCUCAUUAGCAUCUCUACGGCAAAGACAGCUCCCAAAGACAUUGCCUCCGACCUGAUGAGAGCAUAUGAGAUUGGUGAGCAAUGCUAUGCAAACUUUAAGGAUGAGAGACUAGACAAAGAAACACCAGCAAAGAAAUUCCACGACCCAAUGAAAACCAACAAGCUGAAAACAUUCAGUGAUAUGUGUAAGAAGAGAGAAGUGAAAUCAAAUGGAAGGGCAGUCAUCUUGAAAGCAGACAGGUCUCUGUUAGGACGCAUCAUAGUGAUGGCACAAGCACGUAGUCUUAACAUGGAGGAUAUCCUUUCUCAUCCUCUUGGUCCAUUGCCUUGGGCACUCUCCACACCAGAUGGACUGCUGAGAAAAACAAACAAAGCUACUUUGGCAACAGCCUUGCAGAAAAAUGUAGCACUACAGGAGAAACACCCAGAAAACAGUGGUUGAUGGUAUGAACUUAGUCCAACGAGUGAACGGUGAUGAGGUGACUUUCAGAGAUGUUGCCACAACAAUCCUGCGUAUGGCUCUGAGGGAAGGUAGUCAGAGUAGAAGAAUAGAUGUUGUGUUCGACACAUACAAGCAGAACUCAAUCAAAAAUAGUGAAAGAUCUCUAAGGGGUGAAGAGACUGGUCAUGAGUUGCAGGAUAUCACAAGCACACAAAUGGUGAGGCAGUGGAGGAGCUUCCUGACCAAAGUGAAUAACAAAACCAGUCUCAUUAGCUUCAUAGUGAAUGAAUGGAGAAAGCCAGAAUACAGAGAAAAGCUACAGAAGAAGAUUCUAUAUGCAACUGUGAUUGACAAAUGUUACAGAAUCACAUCAAGACAGUGAGGAGAUGUCAACUCUUCAAUGUCAACAAGAAGAAGCAGAUGGACGACUACUUCUCCAUGCCACCCAUGCUGCAAGAGAGGGAUACCAAUCCAUAGUUAUCUGUUCAGAAGACACAGAUGUCUUUAUCAUGUCUUUAGCAUUCUGUGACAAGAUUGAGGCCUCAUUAUUCCUGAAGUGUGGCACAAGGACCCGUACAAGGCUGGUAGCUAUCAGAAAGGUUGCAGUCACUGUUGGCAUGGACACUUGUAGGGCUCUCAUUGGGUUGCAUGCCUACACAGGAUGUGACACUGUAAGCGCUUUUGCAGGCAAAGGGAAGACAAGGGCACUUACACUCCUGAUGAACAACAAAGAAACACAAGACUGGAGGCAUUUACAUGUGUCCUCUAUGCCCCAAAAACAUCAACCACCAUCAACAAGCUCAGAUACCACCUUUUCUGUGCAAAGAAAGGUGAAAUCGAGAGUCAUCAAUUCCCACCGUGCAAGGAUAGCUUGAGGCAACACACACUGCGAGCUAACUAUCAGGCUGGUAUUUGGAGAAGAUGUUUAGAAAAGGACCCACAAGUGCCAAGCCCUGUUGGCAGAGGAUGAAAGAUGGAGACAGAGGAGGAAGGUGAACAGUUGGUGCUGCACUGGAUGGAAGGCCAGAAAGGCCAGCCAGCACCUGAAGCUGUCCUGGAUCUACUCGCCUGCAACUGCACAAAAAAAUGUUCACUCCCACGAUGUAUUUGUCUUGCAAAUGGCCUCAGAUGCACAGACAUGUGUAAACUGACAGAGUGUGAAAACCAGGCGACCUGUGUAGAAAGUUCAGAUGAAGACGAGGACAACAUGGAAAAUGAUGAUGAUUAGAUAAUAAAAUAAUAUAUCAACAUACAAACCAGCAGUCUUUUGAUUAAUUCAAUAUAUUCACUUUACAACCUGUUUCCUUAUUGACUUUUACAACUAAUAGGGCUCCAUCCUAUUUGUCCAUUCUAUUCGCUCUGUUCUAUUUUGAAGACUUGUGCUGGUUGCACAAGUCUAAUUUAAGGCUCUCACAAAUAAAUAAUAUGGGCAUAUUAUACAUUUUCUGAAUCAUCAGAGUGCCUUGAGUAUUGUAGCUGUUGGAUUGUGUGUCCCUGGUGUUCUUUCAUGCCACAGGGAUAAAA